AUGAUUUUUUCUGGUUUAUUGUUCGUUUUCCUAGCGGCAGCUCCAUUGGGGGUUUCAGGACUGGCAGCAGGCCCUGCGGCUUGUGCGAACCUCACAGAUUUCUUGACUAGUUCUAAGGUAGACAGCAACGAACUUAGUCUACAAUAUCUUGGGAGCCAGAAGGGCUACUGGAAUGCUGUACAAAGCAGUUAUGCCCCGUCAUGUGUUGUCUACCCUACCUCUUCCCAGGACGUUUCCGUCGCACUGCAAGGGAUUCGGGCAGCUGGCAGCCGGUUCGCUAUUAAAGCUGGAGGGCACAACCCUAACACAUUCUUUUCAUCAGUCGAUGCGGGAGUCUUGAUUGACUUGGGUAGUAUGACCAGUAUGUUGUACAACGAAGACACGACAUUGGCUACCUAUGAACCAGGCAGCGUGUUUGGGGAUUUGUAUGACUAUUACGCGAGAUUCAACCGCACUGUGGUGGGAGCAAGAUUGGCCGGUGUGGGAACUGGUCUCGCUCUCGGAGGAGGGCUGAGCUUUCUCUCACCUCAGUAUGGGAUGGCAUGUGAUGGCUUCCGAGAGCUUGAGGUAGUCUUGCCAAACGGCGACAUCGUAACAGCAUCUAACACGACCAACAUCGACCUUUUCUUUGCUAUGCGUGGUGGUGGUGGUAAUGCUUAUGGUGUGGUCACCAAGUACACCGUGCAAAGCCGUCCCAUUGGCGAGUUCUAUGCCGGUAACGUUAUCUAUCUGUUUAACCAAACUACCGCGGUUUCCGAUGCGAUUCAAAAUUUUAUUCAAUAUAACGAAGACCCGAAAGCGAGUAUUAUUGGCACAUACGAAAUGCUUCCCACACCAAGUUUCGGCCUGGAUUUAGAUCGAGCCGUUAUUAUGUUCCUUGUCUAUGACGGUCCAGAUGCCGGAGAUGCAUUCCAGAACUUCACCAAUAUCCCUCAUCUUGUCAAUACACUAGGAAUCAAAACAUACCCAGAUGUGGUCAAUAUGCCCAUCCCGAUGUCUACAGAACUAUCUCGCGGGGACAACAUCUUUCGAGUUGGUGUUCAUCGAAUCGACGAUGAUACCUUCCAAACGGCACUAUCCAAUUGGCAAAACUGGGCUGAAAGUAACAAAGGCAGCUAUGUUCUUAGUUCAAUUGAUUUCCAACCUAUUCCAAAGAGUUUGACGGAUGCCAGUAAAGCUCAAGGAGGGAAUGCGAUGCAGAUGCCCGACGGACCAUGGUACUGGGUGAACUAUUUGAUAUCGACUGUUUCUGGCUUGUCUCAAACGGAUUAUGAUGAAGCACAAGCAAAGUUCCGUGACAUGGUGAAGAAUACGACCAAUGCCGAAGGGUUACCUCUCUUUAUAAACGACGCCAAUUAUGAUCAAAACCCUCUCUCGACAUUUUCAACAUACCCCAAACUACAAGGAAUUAAAAAGAGAUAUGAUCCGGAUAACUUUUUUACGAACUACACGGGUGGCUGGUCAUUUGACUGA